AUUUUUAUGUUGUUUUUUAUUGUUAUUAGAAUAUUAUACACAUAUUUGAUUUGAUUUGGGAUAUUUCUUGGUUUUCCGAAACAGGGGAGUCAUUUGAUUUGUAAAUUUCAGUCAUGGCGGAUAUCAUAGAGGAAGAAGAUCUUGAGAAGGGUUCUAAUAUUGGAAGAACGAAUGAACCGGUUCAUGGUGGUAAUGGUGAUGGUGAUGAACCCUCGUCUGCUUAUGAUUUGGCUACCAAAAAGUAUCUGCCUCGGGUGCCAAAAAGAAAGGAAUAUACUACAAUGCAAACGUUGUUGUUGGCUUACCAAUCUCUUGGAGUUGUGUAUGGAGAUUUGGCCACUUCGCCUCUGUACGUAUUGCCUUCGGUCGGGCUAAAGGAUGCUACGGAAGAUGAUUUUCUGGGGAUUCUGAGUCUUGUUUUCUGGACUCUGACAAUAAUCCCUUUGGUCAAGUAUUCAUUCAUUAUCCUUCAUGCUGAUGAUCAUGGCGAAGGCGGAACAUUUGCUCUGUAUUCAUACUUGUGCAGGCACAUAAACUUUAAAAGCAAGCUAACCAUUCAAAACACGAGAUUAGAAUCGGAUGCCAGCAUGAGAUAUUAUACCCAAGGGAGUGCCAUAAAGUCUAGGACCAAGAACUUUAUUGAGGGAAGCCAAGCAGCACAAAGUGUUUUGACCUUUUUUGUUAUGUUAGGCACUUCCAUGGUGAUAGGUGAUGGUGCUUUAACACCGGCCACAAGCGUUCUUUCUGCGCUUUCCGGGAUUCAGUCACUGUCAUCCAAAAUAACAACGGGUUAUGUGGUUCUCAUGGCUGUUCUUCUGCUGUUGGCUCUCUUUCUUUUCCAACAUUGUGGUACCAGCAAAGUUGGGUUCUCAUUCUCCCCAAUCAUGGUUCUGUGGCUUGCUUCAAAUGUCGGGUGUGGUAUAUACAAUAUCAUUGCCUAUAAUCCAUCAAUUUUGAAAGCUAUAUCACCGUACUAUAUAGUUAAAUUCUACAAAAGACGUGGUGUGGUUGGCUGGGAGAUAUUAGGUGCAGUAUUCUUAUGCACAACAGGUAGUGAGGCGAUGUUUGCUGAUCUUGGACACUUCAACAAAAGAUCAAUUCAGUUAGCAUUCACUUGUUUUGUAUAUCCAUCCAUGGUGCUCUCUUAUGCUGGUGAAGUAGCGUACUUAACCAAGCAUCCAGAUCAUAUACCAACUGCUUUUUACAGUGCAAUUCCGAAGCCUGUAUAUUGGCCAAUGUUUGUCAUAGCUACCUUGGCUGCCAUUGUCGCUAGUCAGUCAAUGAUAUCCGCCACAUUUUCAGUUGUGAAGCAAUCCCUUGCAUUAGGUUGCUUCCCUCGUGUAAACAUAAAACAUACGUCGUCCAAGCAUGAGGGACAGAUAUACUGCCCGGAAAUCAAUUAUGCUAUCAUGGUUAUCUGCAUUGGCCUUGUGUUGAUAUUCAAGCAAGGUGUUGAAAUCGGAAAUGCAUAUGGUGUUGCGGUGGUGUGGGUGAUGAUAAUAUCAACUUGCUUGGUAACUCUAGUAAUGCUAGUGAUUUGGGAUACUAAGUUCCCUCUCAUCCUUGCAUUUUUUAUACCCUUCAUAUUCGUCGAGGGCACAUACAUGACAUCCUUGCUAAAGAAAAUUCCUCAAGGUGGUUGGGUGCCCUUCGCAAUCUCUGCAUUUUUCUUGGUAAUCAUGGUGUCCUGGACUUAUGGAAGGAGCCAAAAGACUGCAUUCGACGAAGAAAGGAAGAUGAGUAUAUCUGAAUUCAAUAACAUGACAUCUACAGGCGAUCUUCAUCGCCCUCCUGGCAUUUGCUUCUUUUGCUCUGAUCUUGUCAAUGGGAUUCCACCAAUCGUCCGCCAUUACAUCCAGAGCACCAAGUCUCUCAGCGAAAUCACGGUUAUUGUCACCAUAAGGACAUUACCUAUCAAAACAGUUCUGCCCGAGGAGCGUCUUGAUGUAGGGAAGAUGAGAACUGAUGGCGUUUAUCGGUGCUUGAUUCAGUUUGGUUAUAAAGAUCGUCAGAGUUUUCAGGAAGGCGAUAUCGUGCCUUCCAUUAUCGUCAAACUGCGUGAAAUUGCAGAAACAGAAGAAGAAGCAGAAAAGCUUGGACAAGCUUUAGAGAAAGGAGUUCUGUUUGUUGCAGGGAGGACAAUCCUCAAGUCGAAAGAGAGUAAUGGAUGGCUUUCCCACAUUGUUAUUGAUUACCUUUACAGAUUCUUCCAAAAGAACAGCAGAUCAACACUUUCAUCACUUCAAAUUCCUCCUGAAAAGUACUUGCAAGUUGGGAUGCAAUAUGAAAUAUAAAGCCUGUUUCCUUUGUUCUUGAUUCUGUAAAAGCUAUCCUGUAUUUCUUUUUCCCCCUUUCUUUGAAUCUUCAUUUAAGUUUGGCAAAUGGAAAGCAUUUGGUAUUACUUAUUUUCCCCCCC